GAAAGUCUUGAGUCUGACUUCAGUCCAGGAGAGACCAUGUCCGCCGUCAUAGGCGAACUGUACGCACCUAUACUCUCAUUUAAAACUAAUUUUCCAUGAAAUAACACUAACGCGGGGCCUCAAGGAUGGCCAACUCGGGUGCUGUUCAGGUGAAACUAGAACUUGGUCAUCGUGCCCAGUUCAGAAAGAAACCCACCGUGGAAGGCUUCACUCACGACUGGAUGGUGUUUGUCCGAGGACCAGAGCACAGCAACAUUCAGCACUUUGUGGAGAAAGUAGUUUUUCACCUGCAUGAAAGCUUCCCUAAACCAAAAAGAGUCUGCAAGGAUCCACCGUACAAAGUGGAGGAGUCUGGAUACGCAGGCUUCAUCUUGCCUAUUGAAGUUUACUUUAAAAACAAGGAAGAACCGAAGAAAGUUCGCUUUGAUUACGACCUGUUCCUCCACCUGGAGGGCCACCCGCCUGUCAAUCAUCUCCGCUGUGAGAAGCUCACAUUCAACAACCCAACUGAGGAGUUUCGUAGGAAGCUACUGAAAGCCGGAGGGCAACGGGAUCCUCACAAGCGAACAUCAGAGGACUCAAAAGUGAUGGUAAUGCAGGAGGGCUCCACCUCCCUCUUCGGCCAGCACCUGAAGCUGCCUACACUUCCCAACAGCUUGCUGACAUCCACCUUCUCCGACCCAAAGAAGAGCAAAAGCUUCCAUGGGUCAAAGGAUGGUUCCAAAGGAAGCAGUACUUCCCUUCUCACCACAGCCACAACCACCAGCACCAACAGCAGCAGCUUCUCCAAACUCCACAAACCCUCCAAGGACCACAAAGACAAGCCUCCAAAAGACUUGAAAGAGCCCAAAAGUGCCUUCAGAGACUCUGGCUGGGAACCUAAUAAAGCCCCCAAAGAACCUUCCAGGAAACCCAAAGAGAACCAGCCACUUAGAGAUAUCAAUCCUAAAAUGGGCUUCAAGGAACCUAAGUCUUUGUCCAAGGAGCACCGGACUGAGGGGAUGACUCACGGGUCAGGGCCAAACAAGCGCCUGUCCGCCCCUGACGGUGACGAUCACGUGACCAAAAAACGUAAAAAGGGAUUUGUGGAUUCAUCAGGGAAGCAGACGUCAGGGUCUGACACUCAACUUUCGGAUAAGAAACUCUUGAAGGAUAAAUCGCAGAUGCGAACAAGUAAAUUGCGACCAGAAGGUGACGAGGUAGCACGCAGGAAGGUGUCGACACUUACGCCAUUCCAGGAACUGGUGGACCCCAAUGACUCUGAAAUGGAGGACCAGUCUACCAAGUCAGAUUCCGAACAGCCCAGUCCUGCCAGUUCCAGCUCCAGUUCAGGCUUCGCUCCCACGCAUCAAAAACGACAAGUGGUGGACUUCAUCAUCAGGAAAAGGGUGGCUAUUCCUGCCACCACCCACACAGUGCUGGGCCCGUUGCAGUCAGUCAUGCAGGAUCUGCACUCAGACGACAACGAUGAAGAUUCAGAGGACGACGACGAAGACAAUGACAUGGACUCUGAUAUGGAGCGACCAGCACACACACAUCUCACGCAUCACCAACGCAGGGUCAGUUUGAGUGAUGGCAGUGAAAGUGACAGCUCCUCACCCUCACUCCCGCCUCGCAAUGAAGCCCCACCCUUAUUAAAGACUACUAAUAACCAGAUACUGGAAGUGAAGAGCCCCACCAAGCAGAGCAAGCAGGACAAGAACAAAAGUCUAGAUUGUGACAAGGCUUACCUGGAUGAGCUGGUGGAACUGCACAAAAGACUGAUGACACUAAGAGAAGGUCACAUACUGCAGCAGAUUGUGAACCUCAUUGAAGAGACUGGACACUUCCACAUCACAAACACUACUUUUGACUUUGACCUUUGCUCCUUGGACAGAAGUACAGUAAGAAAGCUCCAGAGUUACCUGGAAACCUGCGGACUGUCCUGAGGCUCUGAGCAGCUGGCUGCUGGAUCUCUGUCUCCACAUAGACUUUAGAUUUUUCUUAAACUCCAACUUUGGAUCCAAUGCAAAAGCCCCACUGUGGCUGGGUCCAGUUGCUGUGUGUCCAGCCUGCUGGUUGGACUGGGGUCUCUGAAGAAGAGGUCAUCCCGCUACAGAAACCAGAGCCAGGUGUCGUGGGGAUGAGCCCUGUCGAUCAGGAGAUCACCCAGGAAGCCUUGAAAAUGUCACUUGAUUUAUGGGGGAGAAAAACAAGUGUGGCGUGGCGACCUUGUUGCUCUUAAUGAAUGUGCAUAUUACCAUGUAUGUUUCUUGAUUUGUUGUUCAUUGUGACAAAUGCAUGGUCAACAUUGCCUUACAACAUUGUAAGUCUUAUUUAUUGAAUUUAAUUUGCAAGUGUGUGUGCGCGCGUGUGUGUGUGUGUGUGUGUUUGAAAUGGCAAAAAAAGACACAGCAGAAUGAGACCUUGUUGAAGCACUUCACCACAGGUAUAUCUUUGAAUCCAUGUGACAGUUGAGCAUUACUACGACACACUGUCACUGACUUGAAUUAAAAUAGAAUGUCACACUGAAUCAUUUCAAUGGGAACAAAAAACUGCCUCUGCAGGUGUCAUGCCAACUCGUAUACAUUUAUAUUCCAUAGUACAUGUGUGCAACUUUGUUGAAAAAUUUGUAAUCUAGUUUUGCUUUUGCAAAUGCUGUUCGUAAGGAAGAACUUACAUUGUAUAAAAAAAUGCUUUCAACUCCUAAAUUUUGUGAGGCCAGUUAGAAGCCUGGGCGGUCAAUGAAGGGGUGGUGGUUUUGACUGGAUCGGGUUAAAGCCUGAUCCAGGUCCAUCUUUUGAAAAUGAAAAUUGUGGUUUUGGGUUCUGACUGGUUGAACAAUUAAUCAGUCUAACCUCAAUCAGUUUAGUACACUGAAAACAAAAUCCUUAACCCAAUACCACAAGAAGACGGCCAUGUUUGUGGGGUAUCGGCAUCAAUGGAGAGUUGCACCCACACAGCGCUGUGACAGAUACAAUCCAGUUGGAAUCUCAGAACUUUGCCUAUGUAGCUAAAUUUGCCUCUGAAUUAAUUAAAUUAAGCCUCUGACGUCCAACAGGGUGUUUGAGACGCCUCAGGUGAGCAGUACAACAUUUUCAAGCGACAAAAAGUCUACACUUAAUGACUUUAAAUCCCCACGUUUGGUUGCAUCCUCUUACAGAAAGCUUGUUUAUUAUUUUCAAAAUGACUGUAGGAUCAACACUUACAUUGCACACACAGAGAUUGGCUUUCCAGCUUUAAGAACUGGAGUGCACCACCACUGCAUCUUUUCAUACAAGUGCAACCUCAUUUGGCAGUUUUUUAUUCCCAUAUUUGGACACUGUAUAAAGUAAGACAUACGUGGCUGCUGGAGUCAGCUGAGCACAAAUUGCUAAGGUGGAAGUUCUCAUGAUACCAUCAAACAUACAUUUUUACCAAAUCCAAGAAUAACGUGCUGCGUAGGUCCUGCUGACCUGCUCGCUGGCUGUAACUUAAGGAAAGCUGUUGUGUGGGCUCAUUUUCUGCUACAGGGCCAGUGGAACAUGCCAAAAGCAUAGUGAAUAGUUUCAGUUGGUUUAGGAUGCUACUAAUGUUUGUCUACAAAAUAUGACUUAAAGAAAGUCAUUAUCUCUUGCCAUCAGGGGAAAUGGAUUGGUAGGCCAAGCUCUGUUUAGAGGGGAGGGAGAACAAACUCCCUUUAUGAUGUCAGAAAGGAGGAAAGAGACGGCUCCUGUGUUCUGCAUUCAUGAAAUAUGUGAAAUGUUUUGGUUGAAUUUAACACACGAAACAAAGCCAGUGGGAAUCUUGGCUGACAGGUACUGUUACGGGUGUAAGGAAAAAAAAAAUCUUUUAUUUAUUUUGAGUUGUUAAAUCAAAGGUCAGCAUUACUUUUCCACUGAGAAUGCCUUUGUUUGAUUUGUACCGGAAGAUACUUUUGCCAGUCUGAUUAAACUAAAUUCAUGAUGGUAGACGUGGUUCUUUUCAAAUAACCUGAAAGGGUUUUCCUUACCCUGUGUUCUGUCUUAUGGUUUCUUGUGUAUUUUGAGGACAUACAAUAAAUAUUCUGUAUGAUGAGUUAUUAA